CUGGAGGUUAACGAUCAAGAUCAAUCCCCCCUCCCCCAUUCCUCAAGUUCAAACAAUCAUCUGCUCCUUCCUUUCUUUCCUCCCUCCUUCCCGUAACCACUCGCUGCUGGAGACACACGCUUUUCUACCGGCCCGGUCUGUCACCGACAAACGGAGCACACCAUGAGCACAGUAGACUUCCUGGCCCAGGAGAAGAUCUGGUUUGAUAAACCUCGCUACGAUGAGGCAGAGAGACGUUUCUAUGAGCACAUGAAUGGCCCGUCACAAUCAGUACAGGAUUUAGGGGCAAACACCAUUCUGCAAGACAUUGCUCGGGCCCGGGAGAACAUCCAGAAGUCUCUAGCAGGACUGAAGACUACGCUGUGUAACAGAGGGUCUGGUCAACCUUCCCUGAGCCACCAGUGCCAGCUCAGUGCCAGCAGCGGGGCGGGCGAUCAAGGGGAACUUGUAUCUCGCAUCAAGAGCCUGGAACUCGAGAACCAAAGUCUACACAAAGUGGUGGAAGACUUGAGGUUAGCACUUUCCAAACUGGAAUGUCGGGUAGCGGUUCUGGAGAAAUCCCCUUCAGCCACAAACCAAGCCCCAGCUCCUGCAGUCCCCUACACUAAUGGCACUCCUGCUCCUGCCCAGCAGCAGAAGAUCAGCGCCCCAGUUGAAGAGGAAGAAGAUGGUGAUGAUGAUAUUGACCUGUUUGGUAGUGAUGAUGAGGAAGAUGAAGAGGCACAAAGAAUCAGAGAACAGAGGUUGAAAGAAUAUGCAGAGAAGAAGGCCAAGAAGCCCGCCUUAAUCGCCAAGUCCUCUAUUUUACUGGAUGUCAAACCUUGGGACGAUGAAACUGACAUGGUGAAGCUGGAGGAGUGUGUGCGCUCGGUGCAGGCUGAGGGUCUGUUAUGGGGCACAUCCAAGCUGGUUCCUGUGGGCUAUGGCAUCAAAAAGCUACAGAUCGCAUGUGUAGUGGAGGAUGACAAGGUGGGAACAGACAUGUUGGAAGAGGAAAUCACCAAGUUCGAUGACUACGUCCAGAGUGUUGACGUCGCGGCUUUCAACAAAAUCUGAUACCAGCACGUCUUGUCUCAUCCUUUUCCCACCCCUGCAGAUUGUGUGAAACGGUUAAUAAUAAAAACAAGCUCUUGCACUGAA